GCAAAAACAAAUUUCAAGUAAAUUUAGUUGCAAUUAAGUGCUUGUAUAAUAUUUUCCUGCCCUGUAAUCAACGAAUUUAAUAUUCAGUGUGCGCCAUGAUCGUCGAGGAGCCGCAGUAUGAGCCAGAGUAUGAGUAUGUCGAUGAUUUUUCUGAUUUAAAAGUUGAAAAUGAGGAAGAGGAAAUAGCGCGUUUGCAGCUGCCUCCUCCUGUACCCCAAGAUAUACGAGAUGACAAAGAACGUAUCGCCACAAUUGAAUUUAAAUGUUCAGGCUGCGACAUGCAGGAACUGGUGCAUUACUUCGGUCAGAAGCCACCCUUUGCCAUUGGCGUUAAAUUUCGUGAGGAUACUUAUGUCAUGCGGGAUCCAUUCCAAGCGCCACCACAACGCUGGAAGCUGAAGCCAGAGUUUUAUGUAGCUAUCGGAGCACAUUGUGCUAUGUGCAACAAGGUAGUAUGCAAAGACACAAGCUGCAGCAUUUACUACACAAAGACGUACUGUCUGCAAUGUGGCUUUGCAAAGUCUAAAUCCUGGCCAGUUGAGGCUCAAACUAAGUUGCGAAAGCAGCUGACAGAUUGAGAGUCUACAUAUGUAAUAUU